AUGAUAGAUUACAAAGCAAACAGAUCCGCGGUUCGCGGUACGUCCGGAGUGCACGGUUAUCAGGGCCGUGAAAACCUGAUGAUUGGAAGUAACCAACGGGACAUCUACCAGCGGCCCCGUAGGUCAUAUCGAGGCAGGGGUGGAAUCGAUUUAGCAGACAUGGGACGCUGGAACGGACUAAUCCUUUUGCUUCUGGCUUCUACAUCCUCUUCUUCUGAGAAUUUAGUUGUUGCUUCUUCUGAGAAAUUAGUUGUCGGUAUGUUGGGGAAGGAGGGAGGGGAGGCUCUCGAGGUGAACGGGCCGAUUGUUAGGAUUUUACCCCAGUCUCAAGAAUCCAUCCUCUAUCCCUACGGCCUUGCUCAUAAAGACCAAACAACUACCGUUGAAGACGAUGGCGGAACAGACAAAAUUCACAUCAGGAAUACGUUCAAAUAUUUCGGUGUAAACCACAGAUAUCUUUAUGUGAAUAACAACGGAGGGAUUUCCUUUAAUGAACCAGUCACUCAGUAUACCCCUGACGCCUUCCCUAUUCCCGGAAUAAGUAUUAUUGCCCCAUAUUGGGCAGACGUGGACAACGAAUUAGGAGGAAUGGUUUACUACAGCGAACGAGUGGAUGACUUCACUCUGGAUAGAAUAACUGAUGAUAUGAAGAGAUAUUUCCCAGAUCUCCACUUCAAAGCAGUGUGGAGUUUUAUUGUUACAUGGGAUGAAGUGGCUUUUUAUGGAUCAGAAUCUGAUAAGGUCAACACUUUUCAAGCUGUCCUUACCACGGACAAUCACAGGUCUAUCGUCAUAUUCAACUAUGGUGACCUCCAGUGGACAACAGGGACAGCGAGUGGUGGGGAUCCCAAAACAGGUCUCGGAGGAACAACUGCUCAGGCUGGAUUUAAUACCGAUGGUCAUCACUUCAGUAUUCCAAGUUCCAGGACUGAUCACGUUUUGAACAUCAAAUCUUCUAGUAACGUGGGGACUCCAGGUCGAUGGAUCUUCCAGGUGGAUGAUUUUAAAGUUCCUGGUGGCUGCGUGUUUGAAGCCAGUUUCAUGCAGUUCGGGCAAUCUGUUUGGAAAGACGAAGAAUGCAAAAGCAAGUGUACCUGCAGACACGACGGAAAGAUGGACUGUGAUCCCUUACCGUGCGCCGAAGGACUUGUGUGUGUUCCCGCCGGCCGUCACUUCAUGUGCCAGAUCGACGAAGAAGACUGUUAG